CACACUUUCUCUCGCUCUUUUCCUUUUCUCUUCUGUCUCUGGCCGCCUUUCGGGAGCAUUUCCUUCGCCCGCGGACCCAGCCACUGGGCCGAGCCCGGUGUGUUAUGGCAGUGAAGAAGUGAGAUUUACAAGAUUCAUGGCAGACAAAAGACAGCGGGCAAGAGUGCAGGGUGCAUGGGCAGGCCCCAGUAAGACCACAGCAAGCUCACUUCAAGUUAGUAGACAUUCCUCAGAAAAUGUUGCUGGAGCGCACUGGCCACUGAAAGAACAGACUUCAGCUGAUAGAAGAUUUGUCUUUGAAAAUCCAACAGAGGUUCAGCGUAGAAUUCCAGAAGAAAGGAUCAUCGACAAAGAAGGUUUUUAUGAAAUCAGUAAUGGUCCAACAGGAGUUUCCAGAUUACAUCUGAAACCUGGUUUUGUUCACUCAAAGGAAGCUGAUUGGAUGUUUGAACAGCUGUAUAUGGAAAUACCCUGGCAGCAAAAAUCUAACAUCAGAGAGGAUAGAUCAUAUCAAGAGCCACGACUCACAGCCUGGUAUGGGGACCUCCCUUAUACAUACUCCCGCACAGCUAUGAAAGCAAACCCACAUUGGCACCCUUUGCUGACUAUGCUAAAGGAUCACAUUGCGCAAAUAACUGGAUACACCUUUAAUUCUCUUCUUUGCAAUCUGUAUCGAAAUGGCAAAGACAGCAUUGAUUGGCACAGUGAUGAUGAACCAUCGCUGGGACAGAAACCUAUUAUUGCAUCACUCAGCUUUGGGGAAACCAGGAACUUUGAUAUGAGGAAAAAACCGCCUCCAGAAGAGAAAGGAGAUUAUACAUAUGCAGAAAGAAUUCGAAUUCCACUGAACCAUGGGUGUUUGUUGGUAAUGGAAGGGGAAACUCAGAAGGAUUGGCAGCAUCGAGUGCCAAAAGAAUACCAUGACAGAAAUCCACGAAUAAACCUGACAUUUCGAACAAUUUAUCCUGAGGCACGAUGGAAUUGAAGAUAAUGUUACGAGACGAAAUGCACACAAAGCAUGACAGUGUGAAAACAAGUGAAAGAACAAGAGACCCAACUGGGCUUUUAGUUUUUGUUUGAAAGUCGGAUUUUUGGGCAAUACAGUAAAAUAAAAAUCUUUAAGAGGU